AUGGCGCCGAUAUCCGCCGCUGCUUUGUCUUCCGCUCCGCGGGGCGAUUCCAACGUGCCUGCGGGGAAGAGUCGUGAUGUGGCCCCGAUCAUGCUUGCCGUUGGCGUCGAUGGUGCUCUCGGGCCGAGCGAUUGUCUUCUCGCCACCCACGUAAUGCACCGCCUGGGGCUGCAGGGCGGACACAUUGUACACCUCUGGACAAACUACGGCGACGUAUACGCGGGAGUGCGACCGAUGCGCGGGUCCGCUGUUGCAUCCGACAAGAUCUUUCUGAACGAUGAUGCAGCGGCUGUUUUGGUCGACGUUUCGUCUGUCGCACUUUGUCCGGUUCUUCUCCCUGUGAAUGGCGUACCGACAUUGCGGUCUGUAACGCUGGCGAUGGUAGUCCCCGAAAACGCGCGUGACGCUGACACGACUGACGCUAUUGCGCCGUCGAUCGCAUCUACUGUGGAGUGGCAAGCGUUGUUUCGCCGCACACUGCACCACAAGAUCGGGUAUGUGCACCUCCGCAUCACCCAGCGUGUGCUGACCCAUCGCAUCGCGCUGGAGGUGGUGGACUUGAGUGUGGCGUGCGGAGGGGAAGAAGGGUCGACGCCGGCGGCCGAGUCCGCAGCUGCUUGGGGAAUCGUGACGGAUGCGACGGAGGUGCGCCUUUGUACCAGUGGCGGUGCUGCCGAGACCCCAAGCGGCGCGCCGCAGCGUGCCUCAACUCCGAUCGCAGACGGCACGGCAGUGGCACAUCAGGACAGCGGCGCGUCUUCCUUUGGGUGCUUGUGCACCCUCGUAGUGGGGGACACUGGUGUCGGCAAGAGUCGCUGGCUCGCUCGCCAUGCCUCCACAGCGCCCCAGGCAGAGCAACAGGGACGCAUGGACGGAUUCACUUCUUCGGCCGCCGCGACUAGGCGUACGAGGUACAUAGAAUGGGUUCACGUGGACCAACUGCCGCAGGGUGAGGGCAGCGAGGUGAGCACAGCGACGGCGUUGCACGAGGUAUUUGAGCGCGCGCGUCAGUCAGCGCCGGCGACGGUGGUCAUGGAUGAUUUGCAUCUUAUCUGCGCCAGCGAGGCGUCCUCUGCUGGGUCUCGCUGGGCGAUGUCCCUCAUCGCCCAUGCCGUGGCUGCUGAGCUGCUUGACUUGCAGAGCCGCCGUCUCGAUGUGCGAGUGGUUGCGAGUGCGCCGACGCUGGCGAGUCUCGACUCAUGUCUAACCAGCGCCACUCUCUUUGGCGGGAGCGUUGUGUCGCUGGAGAUGCCGAGUAGCGCUCAGGAGCGGCUCGCAUGUCUCCGUACGUGCCUCGCGGAACUGUCUUGUAGCGGUGCAGAGGCAGGGCCUGCCGUCAGCGACGACUGCCUACUCGAGGUGGCAGAGCGCGCGCAUGGCUUCACACAGCGCGACCUGCAUCGACUCGUCGAGACAGCAGUGGUACAAGCGUUCCAAGCACGUCAGUCAACCGAGCCAACGGAGGCGGACCUUCGCGUGGCGGCAGCUGCGGUGCGUCCUUCGUCGCUCAAGCGCUUCGAGGUGUCGAUUCCGAAUGUGACGUGGUCCGACAUCGGCGGAAGCGCAGAGGCGAAGCAGACCCUCUGUGAUGUGGUGGACUGGUGCCUGGGGAAGCACAGCUGGGUCUUCGCGGAGUUCAACUUGACACCACCGAAGGGUGUGCUCCUCUACGGCCCGCCGGGCUGUAGCAAGACGAUGCUGGCCAAGGCGCUCGCGAACGAGAGUCACAUGAACUUCAUUUCCGUAAAGGGACCGGAGGUCUUCUCGAAGUGGGUGGGUGAUAGCGAGAAGGCGGUGCGCGACAUCUUCGAGCGUGCCCGUGCGGCGAGCCCCUGCGUCGUGUUCAUUGAUGAGUUGGAUGGCAUGUGCGGCCAUCGCGGUCGCGGUGGCGUGUCGGACCGCGUCAUCUCGCAGUUCCUCACCGAGCUGGAUGGGCUGCCGGCCGCCUUUGAUGAAAAGAAGAACGCACUCGUGUUUGUGGCGGCGACAAAUCGUCCCGACAACAUCGACGGCGCGGUGCUGCGUCCCGGACGCAUUGACCGUCGCGUCUACGUCGGGCUUCCUACCUUGCCAGAGCGGUGCGCCAUCACGGAUAUUCAAUUCCAGCACCUGCCUGUGGCGGCGGAGCUCACGGCUAACUACGUGGCAGAGCGGACAGAUGGCUACACUGGUGCCGAGGUCGUAGCGGUGGUGAAAGAGGCCGCGUUUCACGCCAUCACAGCCAACGCGCAUGCGUCUCAUGUGACGGUGGCCGACGUCGACGCGGCCCUGAAGAAGGUGCGACCACGCAUCAACGCAAAAGAUGUGGAGUGGUACAAGCAUUGGCCGCACAACAGAAAAAGCUCCACCGCGCACAUGUGA